AUGCCUGCAACGUCGCUGCGCCUCAAUAUGGUGGGCCAUUAUUUGCGACCUGGUGAGGGAUUUGGUUCCCAGGGAACGAUGAAUAAGACUGCCGAUCUCAAGCGGACAAGGGAUAAUCUCAAAGAUUACAACCUGAUCUCCGAAGACUUUGAGGAGUUUUUGAGAUCAGAGACCCUUCAAAAGAGAUCACUUUUGGAACAUAGUUUAUAUAAGGACACGCUUAUUACCGUGUAAAUAGAUUCGAUUCUAGGAUUGCUUAGCAGCAAUCAAACUCUAGUUAACCUCAAUAUUUACUUGAGAACGAUCAUAACUUCACCCCCAGUCAUUGAGAACCCCAGUUACCCCGUCAGACGCUCAGUUGCUUCAACCCACUGUACUUUACCCUAAGAACAGGUUACCCGAUACCUUGAUCGUAACAAAAUCACAGGAAAGUAAUAGGGAAAUUUUGGAGG